AUGGCUUCAACAAGAAUUUGUUUAUGGCUUAUAUAUAUGAAUAUUACGCACUCGGUUGGAGAAAAUACACAUUCAAUUCUAAUGUCUUUAAUCACUGGUUCAAAAUUUGAAUCUGCUAAUACAACUUCUUUACUAUUCGCUAACAUCACUACGUCGACUAUUAUGAAGUGUCAAAUGGCUUGUUUAGCCCAAGUUUAUUGUAGAGCAGCCAGUUUUCAUCAAUCAACUUCUAAUUGUGAAUUAUUUACUGAUAUGUCAAAUGAAACUGCAAAUAUGCAGACUGAUACCGACAUUACUACUAUGAUUGUUAUUGCUGGAACACGAUCUCCACCUGGACCGACUAUAACAACAGCAACAACAAUAUCAUCAUCAUCACCAUCAUUAUCAUCAUCAACAGCAUCAACAACAAGAUCAACAACAACUAAAACAUCAACAACAACAUCAACAACAACAACAACAGUAUGUACUGUAUCUUCUCAAUCGACAUGGUCACAAACUGCUACUACUAUAUUUGGCAGCCAAGCGGGGACAUCUGGUUCUACCCUUUCACUUCUUAAUUCUCCAGUUGGAAUGUAUUAUGACCAACCUAAUAAUCGAUUAAUCGUUGCUGAUACGGGAAAUUAUCGUAUUCUACAAAUUUCUCUCAAUAAUCCACCUGCAGUUGCAACAGUAGUUGCUGGAAGUAAUGGUCAGGGUUGCAACAUGAAUCAGUUUAAUCUUCCUUCUGGAGUAGGUCGUGAUAGUUCUGGACCGACUUUAACAACAGCAACAACAACAUCAUUAUCAUCAUCAACAACAUCAACAACAACGUCAACAACAACUAAAACAUCAACAACAACAACAACAACAACAACAACAGUAUGUACUGUAUCUUCUCAAUCGACCUGGUCACAAACUGCUACUACUAUAUUUGGCAGCCAAGCGGGGACAUCUGGUUCUACCCUUUCACUUCUUAAUUCUCCAGUUGGAAUGUAUUAUGACCAAACUAAUAAUAAAUUAAUCGUUGCUGAUACGGGAAAUUAUCGUAUUCUACAAGUUUCUCUCAAUAAUCCACCUGCAGUUGCAACAGUAAUUGCUGGAAGUAAUGGCCAAGGUUGCAACAUGAAUCAGUUUAAUAAUGCUGGUGGAGUAGCUCGUGACAGCUCUGGUAAAUUGUACGUAGCAGAUUACGCUUGCAACCAGUUCGUCAGAUUUCCACCAAAUUCGACUUCGACGACAUCGGGAACACUUUUAGCUUCUUUCACUGAAGCAACAAUUAUAUCUGUAAAUGCAUUGACUAAUGAUAUCUAUGUAGUUAGCGCUAGUGGUAGUACAGUAUACAAGUUUGUUGGAGGUAGUGGACCAUCAGUGAUUGCAGCAGGUGGCAAUGGUAAUGGAAAUGCCUUGAAUCAACUUGCAGGACCAAAUGGUGUUUACUAUGAUUAUUCAUAUACAAAUGCAUUGUACGUUACCGAUCAAAAUAAUUAUCGUAUAAUGAAAUUUCCAUCAGGUUCAACGAAUGCAACUUAUGGAACAGUUGUCGCUGGAGGUAAUGGAGUUGGAAGUGGAGCGAAUCAGUUGCAUAGUCCAAGAUCUAUAGUGGUCGAUAGUAGUGGAACUCUCUAUAUAGCUGAUGCAGGUAACAAUCGUGUUCAACGUUGGCUAACAAAUGCGACUAGUGGAACUACAAUCGUUGGUGGUAUAUCAGGAACAGCAUCGAAUCAACUCAAUUGGCCUGAAACAGUCCUCUUUGAUAGAUAUUGUAAUCUGUUGGUUUCUGAUAGAGGAAAUAAUCGGAUACAACUUUUUAAUUCAACAACAAGCUAG